AUGGCUGAAAAUCACAGCACAGAUACCCAAUCUGCCACGCAUGAAGACCUCAAUCCAAAUUCCCAAUCUACUGCACAUCAAAAACUCAAUCCAAAUCCUCAACAAUACCAGAACACGUACUCCACACCAAAUCCUGAUGACCCUGCUCAUCCCCACAGUCCAUACUAUAUAAGUGGAAGUGAUAGCUCUGGGACAAUAUUGGUCACUCAUGUACUUGAUAACACCAACUACUAUGCAUGGGCAAGAUCUAUGAAGAGGGCCCUCAGAAUUAAAAACAAACUUGGGUUCAUUGAUGGAAGCCUAACACAGCCAGACCCUACUAGCUUUCUGAUAGAACACUGGCUCCGCUGCAAUGAUCUUGUGAUAGCCUGGCUACAAAACACCAUGUCUAUUGAAGUAAAAUCCUGCACUCUUUAUGCAAAAACCGCUAGAGAGCUAUGGCUGGAACUAGAACAUCGAUUGGCUCAACAAAAUGCCCCACGAAUUUAUGAGGUAAAACAAGCCAUCAGCAACUUAAUGCAAAACCAAGAUGCUGUGAGCGUUUACUUUUCGAAAUACAAAACUCUCCUUGAUGAAUUAUGA